AGUCAGAUAUCAUAUAUUUCUUCUUCUUCUACUUCUUCUUCUUCUUAUUAUUAUUAUUAUUAUAGGAAUAGCUAUUGGAAGCUAAUACUGUUAGUUUUUACCAUUAAAAUCAAACAAAGGUCACACAAACUUACACACUGUGGGUGGACACAUUCUUCCUUGUAGAUUAAUGUUGCACACAAAUGGAAACCACAAAAUGCACAGUGAGGUAAUGACAGACAUGAAUGAAACUUCACCAAUGACAUUUAAGACACUGCUUAGUUUCACAGUGUCUUAAAUAGAAAUAUGUGAGCUCUCACAGUUUACAUAGCUUAGACUUCAACACAUACGAACACACCAUUUAGAACUAGAAAAACACUUACUUUUGUGAGUAGCACUAUAUAUAGCAAACUCAUUGUUUUUUUUUUUAUUUGACUGCUAAAUGCAUAGGAUACAAACACGGGUCAGAAAAUUGUGCUUUGUUAUUUUAAUUUUAUUUUGGGGUUUAUGCAUGUAAGUCAUUGUGGUAUGACAUACACAGAAACAUGUCCUAAAGAUGUAAAAUGCACUGUACUGCAGGAAUUACCUGUAUGGCGUUACUAAUAUUGCAAUACCAUGUAUUGUGGAAAUGUCAAGUAUUUUGAUAUAAUAUUUUUUGCCAUAUCGUCCGUCACUGGUUAAAACUUCAAACUCACAAAAUGGAACCGUUGUUCAGAUGAUCUGCGGUUAUGUUCACUGGUGUUUGUAAAACACGGAUGUAAGUAGUUUGAGCUAUUUUAUCUACAUUAUUACUGUGACCUUAUUAGAAAAUGUCUCCAGAUUUCUGGAACCCUUAAAAAAUACAAUAACUCAACAAAAGUCCUGUAAAAAAAUAUAUUUAUUUAAUUAUUUUUUACCUUCCACACUGGAAGAAACCAGUGAGCUGCAUUUUAACUGUAAACAAGGUGCUAUAUAUAAAUUCUUCCAGCUUUUGAAAUAUAAAAAGCAUGCAUUUAUGAGCAUGCGCAUAAAUCCUAGUUAGGACUAGGGUUAUUUGUCAGAUUGAGUUUUUAAAAAUUAAAAUAACCAUCUAUUUUUUUUUUUUUUUUUUUUUUUUUUUUAAAUUACUAGCAUAGUCGUUUUGUGGUUUAUUCCAGCAGUGGAAAAAGACAUUUUACACUUGGACAGACUAUGGCGUGGUGUAAUAUUAAUUACAGGCUAUUGUUUGUUUUGUUUUGUUUUGUUUUUUUUACACACUGUUAUGAUUAAUGAGUUACAGCCAAUCAAAAUUCACUCAUUGGGUAAUCGAGUUGUGCCAAUGGGGCUGUACCACUUUUGUAUAACUUGGGAAGAAUUCAAUUACGUAAACGCGGUGUAAUUACUAUAAGCAUAAUGCUGUCUAAAUGUACUUCUUGGUUUAUGGUUUUAAACUGCAGUACGAAAUAAUGAGACAGGAUUUGUCACUUUCUUAUAGCCCUGCUUGUUUGUCUAACACUUGACACCCCCCACAUACCCCCGGAAAACGGAAGUUGUCUACUGAGCAGACAGAAACACACCGAUACUGAAAUACACACAAUUGCAGAUUGAUUUGUGGAGUUCAGUCAGCAGCGAUAGUGCCCAGUCUACUCGGAGCUGAUGCCACAGAAUGACAGGAGGCAGGAGCAAGUGCAAGGCAUUUAGCUUUUGUGUGUCGAUGGACUUUGAGUGACUGGUUGAGGCAGGACCCUCGGACUACAGUGGAGAUGGCGGCUCGUAACGUGAGCUUCGACACAGACUCCCACUUAAUGGAGGCAGGACUGGAAAGCCCUGUGGAUGAAAAUGUGGUUCAUGACUCAUUCACUCAGCUUAUUCAGGAACAGAGUCAAGAUCUAAACAGCCAUGCAGAAGAAAUAGAGAUGUACCCUCUAAUUGAAGAGACCGGAGAUGAUUUUCCAUCCUUUGCUGUUGAUGAGUAUGGCGGGACGACUGAACCAUUCCUGGACGAACGCUGGUCUUCAGCCACUCUCAGAGUUCUCUCGUCAAUGCCCAGCCGCACUAUUGGACGCAGUCGAGGGGCAAUCCUCUCUCAAUAUUAUACCCGCACCAUGCAGAUGUGCAGACGCAGACAGAGCCGACCCUCCAUUCGCUCCUUCUCCCGCUCCGCGAGGCCCAGCAUCUGCGGCUACCGUGUUGAUAGCAACACUGAGAUCUUCGAGAGGGAGGAGAGUAAGAGGGAGCGGCUGGUGAAUAACUUGCAGAACCUGUCUGUGGGCGAUCGAGUGCGCAUGCUGAAAGCUAUUCCGUUGAGCUUGGCAGAGAAGAGUGAACUCAGACAUUUGGCCUUAAAUAAAACUGGCCGCUCUAUGUACCUCGACCAAGUCCCCUGCUGCAGCCAUCUCAAAGAUUGUAUUUUCAUUUCUUUGAGACAAAGCUGGUACAGCUGGCUGUCGUUCCUGUCCUCACUGCAGUUAUGGCAGACGGCUCUGAAGACAGUGAGUGGCCGCUUCGGGACAGGCGUCCUCUCUUACUUCGUCUUCCUAAGGAAGCUGUUCUUCUUUAAUGUUUUCCUCUUCCUGGUGACGGGGCUCUUCUUGGUGGUCCCCCAAGCAGUGCGUCCUCCGAAACUAACCUCAGUCCCAUCUGUACAAUACGGCCUCGAGGUGCUCACUGGGACGGGUUAUUUUAAGGACUCCUUGAUGUACUACGGCUACUACAGUAACUACACUUUUAUAGAGAACUGCAGCAGUGUUGGAAACCAGAGAUCCUUUGGCAUUCAUCUAUCCUAUAACAUGCCUCUUGCCUAUUUCUUCACCAUUGGCAUGGCAUUCUUCAUCACCUGCAUCAUCCUCGUGUACAGUAUGUCCAAGUCUUUUGGACAGAGUUUCCGGAUUGACCGAUCCAAAGGUCUGCUUGCCAUAAAAGUCUUCAGUUCUUGGGAUUUCAAAGUCAGCAAGAAAUCGUCUGUUAGGCUGCAAUCUGAAAACAUCACCACUCAGCUCAGAGAGUUGGUGGCGGAGGUGAACCGUAAGAAGGUGAAGUCUUCGUUCUGGCAGCAUGUAGCAGUUGUGGCCAUCCAGUUACUGGCCUGGAUAAUAUGCAUUGGGAGCACUGUAGGGUGUUCCCUCGCCGUGUACUUCUUCUCAAGUACUUUCUCUGUACUUAGCAAGGAUUAUGCAAACACUACCAGUAACGACCUGCAGAAAGAAGCAAGCAUGCUGGCGCUCCCUGUGGUUGUGUCCACCAUUAACCUGCUCCUGCCCGGCUUCUUCAAUGUUGUGGCCUGGAUGGAAGAGUACGAGUCACCGAGCACACGCAACUAUGUUGCCAUUUUCAGGAAUUUAAUGCUGAAAGUGAGCGUGCUUGGAGUCUUGUGUCAUCAUUGGUUAGGUCGGGUGGCAACUGGAGAAAAUAAAUCACAGUGCUGGGAGAGUUUUGUGGGGCAGGAGUUAUAUAGGUUUCUCCUAAUGGACUUCAUCUUCACAAUGCUCGAUACCUUCUUUGGGGAGUUUCUGUGGAGAUGGUUUUCGCAGAAGGUUCUGAAGAAGGAAAGAAAGCCGGUGUUUGAUAUAGCCCGAAAUGUUCUCGAGCUCAUAUACGGACAGACAUUAGCUUGGUUGGGAGUGUUAUUUACGCCCCUCUUGCCCGCAGUGCAGGUUAUCAAGCUGUUCCUGCUUUUCUACAUGAAAAAGACGAGUCUGAUGAUGAACUGUCAGGCUCCCAGAAAGGCAUGGAGGGCGAGUCAGAUGACCACCUUCUUCAUCACCCUCCUCUGCUUCCCUUCCUUCCUGGGCGCAUCGGUGUGCGUCACCUAUACCAUGUGGACGAUAAAGCCAUCCCAGAGCUGUGGGCCGUUCCGUGGCCUCAACACCAUGUUUCAGGCAGGAAAAAAGUGGGUGGAGGCACUGGCCAGUGAUAACCCUAAUCUGACCUGGCUCACCUGGGUUCAUACAUACCUGGUGGAGAACCCUUUCUUCCUGUUCCUCGCUGCUGGAAUCUUCCUAAUAGUAAUCUACUUCCACAGCCAAGUGGUGGAUGGACAGAGGAAGAUUAUUGAGCUGCUACAGGAACAGAUUGAAAAUGAAGGAGAAGACAAGAAGUUUCUCAUCACUAGAUUACAAGACAUCCACGUUCAGAAACGUCCACAUUCCUGACAGCACAGCAGGACAACCAGAGAGGAGUCCAGUUUCACAUGACCUUCUCUGAGCCCUCUGCUUCUCAGUGUGAAAAGUGUCAAGUUGCAACUGGAGUAGCCCCCUGCUGUCCUGGAGCUGUAUUACAGGCAAACAGAAGUAACGCUGAAAGUUCUCAACAGGCAUUACUGCAGCAUGGCAUUGAGGGUAUCACACCAGUCAAUGCAUUUAAGCUUUUACUGGACUGCACAAACAUUUUAUUAGAUUUUUUAAAAAAUAUAUAUUUUCAAUUUCAAACCGUAUUAUCUUGCAAAAACUUGCAAAUUUCUUUAAAUGGUUUCUAGUAGAUUUCUAGUAAAAUUUUUACUUUAAAAAGAAAAAAAAAAGAGAUCAUUGUAGGAAAAUGGUGUUGUAGCAGGAAACAAAAUGCAACAUCUGCACCUGAGAAAGCAUGUCAUUUUAUAACUAAGUCUGUGAAAAAAUAUUUAUGUAAUGUUUAUCUUAUUCUUAAAUGUGAAUUUAAUAUGUAUUUAAAAUAUAGAUGUUAUUACGGUAUCUCAUCACAAAGUACAAGGUCGCUACUCACACAUGGAGGAGUAGAACCACUGAACAAAGGGAUAUUUCCGUUUUAGUUUGAGAAUUUAGUUAGGGUUUUUCUUUUGUACAGUAAAUGAUUUUAUAGUAUGUUUUUUUUUUGUACUACUGCUUUUAAUAAAUUGAAAAAUGUGAAAUGGUAAGUCUGUGACGCACAGCUCAAGAUUGGAAGUUCACAAACAUUUGCAUCUCAUGGUCAACACAAAUGAACACAAAGAUAGGGUGCCAAUAUUUUAAUUGCAAUUGGAAAUCAUUUUGCAGAUGAUAGAUAACUAAAAAUGACAAACUGCUCAUUUACAACUUUCUAAAAAUAGUUUUAGUGCAACUGCAGUUUCUAGAUUAUAUCAGUGUGGCUGUUUACCAUUAUUUUAGGUCUAGUUUUACUUGACAAGUGGUAUUAUUGACAUUCUAGCCUUUGUACUUUAACUGGAUGAUUAAAAGUAAUAUCUGAAGGAGUUAAACACAUGGACGAGGUCUGUUAGUUUGUCUUUCAAACUUUUCCUUGUCAUUGCUGUCAUGACUUGUGUCUCAAAUCAAAACCAUGUUUCAUUCAAAAGUAUGUACUCUAGACCAGUGGUUCUGAUCGUGGGAACCUGUUCCGAGGGAUCUGUGAAGGGUAGCCAGGGGGGUCUGUGAAAUCACAGCUGCACAAUUAUAAGCUAGUGAUCUAUUAUUGUGGUAUUAUAGUGAAAAACUGUAUAGAAUAGUACAGAAAUAUUUGAGGGACAGAAUAUGAGACAGCGCUAGGCUGUUGAGUAUGUUGUGGACAUUGCACCAUACUCUCACCCCUAUUAUGUUGGUUCUCCACCACACAGACCACACUAACACACUCUGGUUUUAUGUUCUCAAAAGGCAAAGCCCUAUAUAUGAAUUAUUUUCCUACAACACCACGUCCCAAAGUGUUUUAUUUCUCUUACACUACAGUGAUUUGCCAAUGAUUACAAUUUGUAAUUUAUUAAUGAACAGCAUUUCGUGGUUUUUAACCAUUUAAAGUGAAGUUUAAUAUUGUGGAACGUCUAUGAGCCAAGUUAUCACUUACAUUGUAGCAGUUAUAAGUAGCCGUUCCCUCACCAGCAUCUUUGUACUUUAUUCCUGAAGUUACUAAGAUUUAAAAAAACACAACUUUUGUUACUGAGAAACCACAAAGCGCAGAUCCUGAAGUCUUUUUCCACAGCGGAAAACUUACUGACCUAUACAAAGCACCGACACUGGAGAUUCCUUCCAUUAUUGUUAAACAAACAUCUACUUACAAAAUGCUUCACCAGAUCAAUGAUGUUUUUCGUUGUUAAAUGUCAUUAUUUAGUAAUCUGUUUAUUAUUAGACUUGGAUUAUGUGAAGCGUCCACCAACUCCCUGGAAAUAAGUUGUUACAAUAAUGGUAAAUUAUUUAUUUUUUUAAUUUAGAAUGAGCACGUUAAUAUCAGCCUAUCAUUUAAAUUACUGCCUGAAGUACCAUUAGAUCUGCGGUCAUAGAAAAUUAAUCCAGACCUUCAGAUCUGAGAAUUCUACAGCAUUGUGGUAUAAAAGCAAGCCUGGCCUUCAUGAAAAAUUGACAUCCGCUUGCAGGGCUUCCUUUGUUAC